AUGCGUGCCCUCUUCUGGAAUAUCAGAGGGAUAAAGAAGGCUGCUGGUCGUGCAACUCUCAGCAAUAUUCUCCUAGACAAGCACCCUGAUGUGGUUUGUCUGGCUGAACCAAUGGUGGAGGUAGCUGCUUUCCCUUCUUUAUUUUUUAAUAAACUGGGAUAUGAUGCAUGCUUUAUUCAUAAUAUUCGCACUGAUAAAAACCCAAACCUAUGGGUCAUUUGGAAGAGGUCUCUCACCAAACCAACUAUUAUUUCCAUGUCUGACCAGUUUAUUUCACUGUGUAUAAAUUGGAGAAACAAUUCGAUUUACAUAACUUUUGUACAUGCGAGUUGUUUCCGAGCUUCUAGAAGAGAGUUAUGGAUGGCUCUUGCAGCGACUCCAAUUGGCUCCUCUCCUUGGCUAGUUACAGGUGACUUCAAUGCCUCCCUUUUUUCGUACGAAAAAAAGGGUCCGGGCGCCUUUAAUGUUGGGUCUGCGUCUGAAUUCAAUGCGGCUGUGGAUGCUUGCAACCUGAUUUCAGUUCCUUCUCAAGGGCAUAAAUUUACUUGGACGAAUAACAGGAAGCGUGGGAAUGUUUUGGCAAUUCUGGACAGGUCUUUUUGUAAUGAAGAAUGGAUAAACCACUUUCAUGACUGUACCCAGGAGGUGAUGCAGCGGUUUUCUUCUGACCAUUCCCCCCUGUGCAUUACCUCGGAUUCAAUGAUGAAACCUGCAAAUUGCCCCUUUCGCAUCCAACGAUUUUGGAUGGACCAUGAGGAGUUUAUGGAUGUGGUCAAUAAAUCCUGGAGUGAACCUGUGGAUGGCUAUCCUAUUUUUUCUCUUGCUCUUAAGCUGAAUCGCCUCAAGCCUAUUCUCAGAAGCUGGGCAAGAUCGGUGUUCCCAAACCUUGAUGCGGAAUUAAAAGCUGCAAAAGAUGAUCUUCAGCAAAUUCAAUCUCAGAUAGAUUCCUAUGGUAUUGAUGACCAUCUUUUUAAUUUGGAAGCUGAUGCUAAAUCCAGAUACUUGAAAGCUCUCCUUGACCAUGAAAAGCUAUGGGCAGAAAAAGCAAGAAAUAGAUGGCUCUCUCAAGGAGACCGAAACUCUAGAUUUUUCCACUUAUCUGCGAAAAUCAGAAGGGUGAAGAACUCGAUUUGCUCUCUUCAAAAAACUGAUGGUACUAUUACAUCAAGCAUGGAUGAUUUGGCUGUUCAUGUUGAGGAGUACUAUAAGGCUAUCCAUAAAGCCAGCCCCACCCUUGACCAUGGAUCGCUAUUGGACUGCAUUCCCCAUAUCCUUGACGAGCUUGACGUUAGAGGAUUGGAAGCCAUCCCAAAUGAUCAAGAGAUCAAGAAUGCAAUUUGGGACCUGGACCCUGAUAGUUCUCCAGGCCCAGACGGUUACUCUGGUGCUUUCUUCAGACAUUGUUGGGAGCUAAUUGGUUUUGAUGUUUGCCGUGCUGUGAAGAAUUUUUUCAGCUCUGGAACCCUUCCUAAAGGUAUCAAUAAUAGCUUCUUGGUUCUCAUCCCGAAAAUGGAAGGUGCGACUUCUCUGGACAAGUUUAGGCCGAUAUGCAUGCAAAAUUUUUUCUGUAAAAUUUUGUCCAAGGUUAUGGCUACAAGACUCUCUUCUCUCCUCCCUAAACUCAUUUCAGAAGAGCAAGGCGCCUUUCAGAAGGGCAAGGUUAUUCAGACUAAUAUCAGCCUCGCUUCAGAGUUAGCUAAUCUCAUGUUUGAGUGUUCAAGAGGUGGAGGUAUGGGGAUAAAAAUUGAUAUCCAGAAAGCCUUUGACACUGUAUCUUGGAGCUUUCUUUUCAAGGUCUUGAAAAAGUUUGGCUUCCCUGAUACUUGGAUUGAUUGGUUGCAUCAAAUUCUUCGUACAUCCAGAAUUUUAGUGUUGCUCAAUGGAGGUCCGGUUGGAUUCUUUGGUGUUGAGCGAGGCCUGCGUCAGGGUGACCCCAUCUCCCCUCUUUUAUUUAUCCUUGCCGAGGAGGUCCUGUGUAGGGGAAUCCGCCUUAUGCUUCAAGACAAGAAACUACAAGCCAUCAAGGGUCCUCGUGGUGUCCAAAUGCCAGGUUUUCUCCUCUUUGCAGACGAUAUUUUCUUCUUUUUAAAUGGCUCCAUCAAAUAUGUCAGACAUUUCCAUGACUUCCUUACAAAGUAUCAGCAGUUUUCUGGUCAACAAAUCAAUCUCAACAAAAGUAAACUUUUUCUGGGGAAGAUGUCUCUAGAUAGAAAGCAACUCAUCUCUGAUACCCUUGGAAUCUCCAUCUGCAAGUUCCCUACAAAAUAUCUGGGAGUGGAAAUUUUCAAGGGUAGAGUCACUCGUGAACCUCUCCUCCCGGUAUGGAAUAUAAGACACUCUUCAUCAGCCCUGUCCAGCAUUAUUAAUGCUCGAUUUUUGAAGAAAGAUGGGGAGCUUAAGAAAGGGUAUAAAUCUUCCACCAUUUGGCCAGGCCUUCGAAGAAUGUGGUCUCUUGUCUCUAGCAAAGAGCGAUGGGUGGUGGGUAAUGGGGUUUCCAUAAACUGCUGGAAAGAUAGAUGGGUUGACUCUGAAUCUUUUCAACAAAAGGCAGGUUUGAGAGAUGAUUUGUUUGCAUCUUCCUCCAUGACAGUUGUGGCCUUUAUUGACAAUAAUGAGUGGAACUUCCCCACGGUUUCAUCUUCUCUUCUUCAAGAUUUUUUUCUCGCUGCUUCAACUAUCAAUAUCCCUAGAGGUAACAUAAAAGAUACAUGUAUUUGGACCCUCUCUACCUCUGGUCAAUUCAGUACUUUCUCAGCCUGGAAUGAUAUUCGCCGCCGAAAUCCCAAGGUUCCUUGGCAUGAGCUGGUCUGGAUGAAAGGCCUCUCUCCUCGUCAAUCAACUUUUGGCUGGCGUCUGUGUCACCAGAAGCUUACUACUGAUGAUAUCAUUAGGAAAAAAGGCAUCUCUUUAGCCUCCAAAUGCAUCAUGUGCGGUCUUCAUGCUGAGACUCUGCCCCAUCUCUUCUUAAAUUGUAGUGUUUCUCGAGUCCUUUGGGAAAAUUUCUUGAGCUGUUUUGGUCUUCUUUGGAAGGAUCAAUCCUCCAUUGCUGAUUUGAUAUCCUGGUGGAAUCGAAAGCGAAGAAUUUUGUCCGUAAAGGAUCCUUGGGCGGCUGGUUUGAUUAUAGUGACCGACACUAUUUGGCAAGAAAGGAAUCAUCGAUGGCAUGGUGGUAAGAGUAGGGAUGCCUCUCUGCUAUUCAUGAAAAUAUUGAGAACGCUCAAGGAGUCUAAUCUCAACUUAAAAGGGGUCAUUCGGACUACUGCUGAUCUUCUUUGCUGCAGGAAACUAGGGUUGCAUGCAGUUCCAGGCGACCCUCCUUCCAUUCUUGAAGUCAUUUGGUGCAAGCCUCCACUCGCCUGGUCAAAGAUAAACAUUGAUGGUAGUUCCAUGGGAAACCCUGGUCGAGCAGGAGGGGGUGUCAUUCGUGAUUCCAAUGGGAAAGUUAUAUUCUCCUUCAAGCAUUUCUUUGGCAUCAGUACGAACUACUAUGCAGAAUUCAUGACUUUUCUUCAUGGUAUCCGCCAUGCAAUGGGUCAAAGGAUUACAAACUUGUGGAUUGAAUCUGACUCUGUGGCAGUAGUCACCGCUGUUCAAGCUUGUCUUAGCUUUUUCUCUUUGCAUUGGAGUGGCUUCCCGUCAAUUGAGGAGCUAUUUUCAUGGUGGAGAAGAAAAUCUAGGAUGAUUCAAUACAUCAAGUUAUGGCUUCCGCUAGCAAUUCUGAUUCCAUACCACAUUUGGGAUGAAAGAAAUAAAAGGGUAUUUGACAGUCAAAAACGGCCCACAUCCUCUGUGAUAGCUGCUAUCCUUCGAGACCUACAGGAGUUUUCCACACAGGUAGCAAUUCAGAACAUAGACGGAAGCUCUCUUGGUAAUCCUGGUCGCUGUGGAGUAGGAGGAAUUAUAAGAAAUGAUGGGGCUUUCCUUUAG